AUGGCCUUUCCUGCCGUGCCCAAGCGCACCCUCGGCAAGCAGAACCCCACUUGCAGCAGCGACAAGCCCAAAGUUGCAGCAGGGCUCGUCGCGCCACGCGUGCUGUUCACUGGCCGCACCGCAGGCGCAUCGCAGCUGUCGGCGUCGUCCCCUCGCGGCUUGGAGGUCUCCGCCCUGGGGCUGGGCUGCAUGGGGCUGUCGGCCUUCUACGGGGCCCCCACAGAGGAGGGCGCGGCGCUGGCCGUCAUCCACCGCGCGCUGGAGCUGGGGGUGACGCUGCUGGACACCAGUGACGUCUACGGCCCCUUCACAAACGAGGAGCUGGUGGGCCGCGCCAUCAAGGGGCGGCGAGACCAGUACACGAUCGCCACAAAGUGCGGCAUCGUAUUCGGGAAAGAUGGCAGCCGUUAUUUCGACGGCAGCCGCGCCUACGUGCGCGCGGCGUGCGAGGCGUCCCUGAAGCGCCUGGGCAUCGACACCAUCGAUCUCUACUAUCUGCACAGGGUGGACCCGAACACUCCUGUGGCCGAGACUUUUGCAGAGAUGAAGGCCCUGCAGGCUGAGGGCAAGGUGCGCCACGUGGGCAUCAGCGAGGCGUCACCCGAUGACAUACGCGCGGCCCACGCGGUGACGCCCCUGAGCGCGGUGCAGCUGGAGUGGUCCCUCUGGUCCCGAGACGUGGAGGAUGACAUCAUCCCGGUCUGCCGCGAGCUGGGCAUUGGAAUUGUAGCCUACUCACCCCUCGGUCGCGGUUUCCUCACGGGUGCGCCCAACAUGGCCCUGGUGGAGAAAAUCAAGGGUGUGGCGGCCGCCAAGGGCUGCACCCCCGCGCAGCUGGCGCUGGCCUGGGUCAUCUCCCGGGGCAGUGACGUCGUCCCCAUCCCCGGCACCACCAAGGUGGCGCGUCUGGAGGAGAACGUGGGUGCCUUGGCCGUGGAGCUCACCUCCGCUGACCUGGCGGCACUGGAUGGGCUGGGGGCGGAGGUGCAGGGUGACCGCUACCCAGACAUGAAGAGCAUGACAUACCACUAUGGUCGCAAGUGA